AUGCCGCCCGCCAAUUCGCCUGACCCCGAACCCACCUUCAUCUCGGCCCUGCGCGACCUCGAGAGCCCCGUCAACGACGACGUCCUUAAUCUUGCCGCAACACUGGGUACCCAGCCUGGCGACGACGCUGACAUCGACGGUGACGACACCAGCGACAACCAUCACGACAACGCCAAUCCCAUCCACGACGCCGACGCCCUGGAACGCGCCCACCUGCACUAUCUGCGCGUCGCCCACGAGCACGACCAGGUGCGCCUCGAACGGUCCCGCGAGCGCCUGCGCCUGCUGGAGCGACAACGAGACGAGCUGGAGCAGCGGGACAGGCUGCGGCGAGUGAUGAGUCGCCUCAGCCGGUUGAGCGACAACAACUAUGGCGACCGCGUCCCCAGCCAGAACAGCCUGUACGACUGGUCGCCUGCAAAUGAGGCCACCGCCACCGAGAGCUCCCUCCGCUCCACGGCCAUUCUGCAGUCGGCCGGCGUGCGCAGACACCCACGCUUCUCUGCCCGCACCAGGGAAGCCGCUUCCACAGAGGCUCCAUCACGCCAUACCUCGCACCGUACCCUCAGGGAGAUGCUUGCCGCCAGAGCCAGCCUGCACAGCGACUCAGUCGAGCGACACCGCGAAGCCACCGCCCGCCACAUGUCCAUGCAGCGACUAUCAGACGGCCGCUCGUCGCCCAUGCUCGAGCAAACGGUCAAGUACCUGUCACGGAUACGCCACUCAAGCAACCCCGAUGAGAGUCUGGAAUAUGCCCGAGAUGCCGGCUUCCUGACAAAGGACUAUUUUUGCCUGCAGCACGCCGACUUUGUUGCUGAUACCUUCACAAUACCACGUCCGACCGAGACGUCAUGGCUGGUCCCCGGCGCCGUCCUGUCUGGCUGCCAACAUGCAACCACUAUGCCCCCUAGUGUCUCCGUCACAUCGCGGCACUCUGGGCUCCCCCCGCCUAUCCGCCCGUGGAUAUGGACUCCCUCCGAAGCGCCUACGAGCCGCAGCUCACACUCAUCCGAAACACAGCCCCAACAAGAUCAAUGGCCUGUCAAAGUCACAAUACACGACGUCGAUUGGGAGGCCAUGUCCCUCUCUGCAACCAUGGAGGCGUACAACGUGCCCUCGCACCCGCAUUCGCACUCCAUACUCCCCACCAACGGUAGUGCGCCACCCGUCACGCGCACGUCCUCCAUCACCACAUACCUCGAAGGCGAAAUACUCGACUUUAACAACCAUACCCUCCUUACCGAAUCGUUCAAAUCUAGUGCCGCAAAUGACGCAACCUACUGGCGCAAGCUGCCGCCUUUCCAAAAGAUGAGCGACGAAGACGUCAUCAGGGCAUUGACGAGCAAGAAAUGGCUUGCCGAGGUUCUGAGCCAGGAAUGGAUACUGAUGCGCUGGAAGGAACGUUGUUUUGUCAAAAGUCUGAACCGCAGCACACAGAAUCCCGUAGUACCACCCCCUUCUACAACCACACCUUCCUUCUCGGAUGGCUCAGCAUCCAACUCGUGGGCUACCACUACCCACAUAUCUCAAAUCCAGCCUUCUCCCUACCGCAUUGUGCGCAAUGAACGAACUGGCCGCGCCGAGGUCGAAAUUACCCCCCAGCCUCUCUUCAACCCUUCACCUAUCAACGAUACCGAACACGCUACCUUUGACGACUCAGGUUGCGGUCUUACCAUAAGCGGGUUCUACUACGUUGCUCUGGAUCGGACGAGUGGGAAAUUGGAAGGAUUGUAUUAUGAUCCACAGAGUAGCCCGUAUCAGUGUUUGAAAUUGGAUAGUGUGAAGGGUGGGUUGAGGAGUGCGUGGGGAUUCAGGUAG